AUGCACCCCACCGACUUUGUGAUUGCCGUGCGAUCCAAGGAGGGCGCCCUCCAGGCCUUCAACCUCGAGACCAAGCAGCGACUGGGCAGCAGUCAGCUCUCUGUCCCCGUGGUGUUCUGGACCUGGGUUGACGCUGAGACCAUUGGCAUCAUCACCGAGACUGAGAUUCUGCACUGGAAGGUUGGCACCACAGACCCCGUCAAGCUCACCGACCGACACCACUCGCUCAACGACUGCCAGGUGAUCAACUACAUCUCCAACGGCAGCUGGAGUGCUCUGGUCGGCAUCACCCAGCGGGACGGCCGAAUUGCAGGCCAGAUCCAGCUCUACAGCAAGGAGCGAAACGUGUCGCAGGCCAUUGAGGGCCACGCUGCCACCUUCACAAAGCUGCAGCUGCAGGAUGGAGCCAGCCCAUCGGAUCUGUUUGUCUUCGCCAACCGAGGCAAGCUGCACGCCGUCGAGAUUGACCACAAGGACGAGAAUCCCGUCUACCAGAAGAAGCAGGUGGAUAUCUUCUUCCCCCCCGAGGCCGCCAACGAUUUCCCCGUGGCUGUCUUUGCCGCCGAGAAGUACGGCGUUGUCUACGUCGUGACCAAGUACGGUUUUGUUCACGUCUACGACCUGGAGCAGGGUCUGUGCAUCUACAUGAACCGAAUCUCCAGCGAAUCCGUCUUCACCGCCGCAAGUUACCAGAAGAAGGGUGUCCUGUGUAUCAACCGAAAGGGACAGGUGCUUUCCGUCGAGCUCAACGAGCAGAAAGUUGUCCAGUACAUUCUGAGCAGUCUUGGUAACGCCGGUGUCGCUCUGGCUGUCGCCUCUCGUGGAGGCCUCCCCGGCGCCGACGACCUGUACGAGCAGCAGUUCUCCCAGCUGCUCAACCAGGGCGACUACGCCAACGCCGCCAAGGUGGCUGCUUCUUCACCCGGUGGCCGACUGCGAACCCCUGCCACCAUCCAGAAGCUCAAAAACGUGCAGGCACCCCCUGGCGGCAUCUCGCCCAUUCUGCAGUACUUCUCCACUCUGCUCGACAAGGGUUCUUUGAACAAGGUCGAGUCUAUUGAGUUGGCGCGACCCGUGCUGCAGCAGGACCGAAAGCAGCUGUUUGAGAAGUGGCUGCAGCAGGACAAGCUCGAGUCCAGCGAGGAGCUUGGAGACAUUGUGCGACAGUUCGAUCUCAAGCUCGCUCUGCAGGUCUACGUUCGAGCCAACGUGCCUCUCAAGGUUGUGGCUGCUUUUGCCGAGCUCGGUGAGUUUGACAACAUUGUGCCCUACUGCGAGAAGGUCGGAUACACUCCCGACUAUAUUGUCCUGCUUCAGAACAUUGUGCGGGUUAACCCCGACAAGGGUGCCGAGUUCGCCACCUCGCUUGUAAAGAAGGGCGAGGAUCUUAACCUCAACAAGGUGACCGACAUUUUCCUGUCUCAGAACCACAUUCAGGCCGCCACCGCCUUUUUGCUGGAUGCGCUGAACCAGAACCUUCCCGAGCAGGGCAACCUGCAGACACGGCUUCUGGAGGUCAACCUGAUCAACGCUCCCCAGGUUGCUGACGCCAUUCUGGGCUCCGACAUGUUCUCCCACUACGACCGUGCUCGAAUUGCCUCUCUGUGUGAGAAGGCUGGUCUGAUGAACCGGGCUCUGGAGAACUACGACGACCUCAAGGACAUCAAGCGUGUUGUUGUGCACUCCGAGAACUUCCCUCCCGAUGCUCUGAUUGCCUACUUUGGCAAGCUCACCGUGGACCAGACUCUGGAGUGUCUCAAGGAGAUGCUCAAGUUCAACAUCCGACAGAACCUGCAGGUUGUUGUGCAGAUUGCCACCAAGUACUCUGAUCUGGUGGGCUCGCUCAACCUCAUCAAGGUGUUUGAGGAGUUCAACUCCCAGGAGGGUCUCUACUACUACCUGCAGUCCAUUGUAAACCUGAGCGAGGACCCCGAUGUGGUGUUCAAGUACAUCACUGCUGCCGCUGCCAUUGGCCAGACCAACGAGAUCGAGCGAAUUGUGCGGGAGAACAACCACUACAACGCCGAGAAGGUGAAGAACUUCCUCAUGAAGGAUGCCCACCUGCCUGACCAGCUGCCUCUGAUCAUUGUCUGCGACAAGUACGACUUUGUGCACGACCUGGUGCUCUACCUGUACAAGAACCAGCAGUACAAGUUCAUUGAGGUGUACGUGCAGCGAGUCAACCCUGCCCGAACUCCCAAGGUGAUUGGUGCUCUUCUCGACGUUGACUGUGACGAGUCCAUCAUCAAGGAUCUGCUCAUGUCGGUUGUUGGCCAGGUCCCCGUGUCCGAGCUCGUCGAGGAGGUCGAAAAGCGAAACAAGCUCAAGCUGCUGCUGCCCUUCCUCGAGAAGACUCUCAACGGUGGUUCUCGAGACACCGCUCUGUUUGAUGCUCUUGCCAAAAUUUACAUUGACAGCAACAACAACCCCGAAAAGUUCCUCAAGGAGAACAACGAGUACAACCCCCUGGUUGUCGGAAAGUACUGUGAGAAGCGAGACCCCUACCUGGCUUUCAUCUGUUACGAGAAGGGCGGUCUGGACGACGAGCUUGUCAAGAUCACCAACGAGAACAGCAUGUACAAGCAGCAGGCUCGAUACCUGCUGGCCAAGCAGGACGAGGCUCUGUGGAACAAGGUUCUCUCUGGCGACGAGCACAAGCGACAGCUUGUCGACGCUGUUGUCGGCACUGCUGUGCCCGAGUCCGACUCUCCUGAGGCCGUUUCCAUCGCCGUCAAGGCCUUCAUGGCUGCCGAUCUCCCCGCUGAGCUGCUCGAGCUGCUCGAGAAGAUCAUUCUCGAGCCCUCUCCUUUCAGCGAGAACGCCAACCUGCAGAAUCUGAUGAUUCUGACCGCCGUCAAGGCCGACAAGUCUCGAGUCAGCAACUACAUCGAGCGUCUGGACCACUACGAUGCCGACGACAUUGCUCAGAUCUGUAUCGACAACGAGCUGUACGAGGAGGCCUACGAGAUCCACAAGAAGCACGACAAGCACGGCCAGGUCAUGAGCGUCCUGACCGAUCACAUCAUGUCUCUGGAUCGAGCCUCCGACUACGCCGAGAAGGUCGACACCCCCGAGGUGUACUCUCUGCUUGGUAAGGCUCAGAUCGAUGGUCUGCGAGUUGGCGAUGCCAUCAAGUCUUACAUCAAGGCCAAGGAUCCCUCCAACUUUGCCCAGGUCAUCGAGAUUGCCAGUCAUGCCGGCAAGGACGAGGAGCUGAUUGAUUUCCUGAAGAUGUCUCGAGACAUUUCUCGGGAGCCUGCCAUUGACUCUCAGCUGCUCUUCUCUUACGCUGCCACUGAUAACCUGCGAGCCAUGCAGCAGCUGCUUGACUCGCCCAACGUUGCCAAUGUGGAGUCUGUGGGAGACAAGCUGUUUGCCGACAAGAACUACGCCGCCUCCAAGAUUCUGUACUCUUCCAUCUCCAACUGGGCUAAGCUCGCCGCUGUGCUCGUCUACCUCGGUGACUACCAGGGAGCUGUCGACUCUGCUCGAAAGGCGUCCUCCGUCAAGGUGUGGAAGCAGGUCAACCAGGCUUGUAUCGACAACAAGGAAUUCCGACUGGCCCAGAUCUGUGGUCUCAACCUGAUUGUGCACGCCGAGGAGCUGCAGGAUCUCGUCACCCAGUACGAGUACCACGGCUACUUCACCGAGCUCAUUUCUCUGUUUGAGCAGGGUCUCGGUCUGGAGCGUGCCCACAUGGGUAUGUUCACCGAGCUGGCCAUUCUGUACUCCAAGUACUCCCCUGGCCAGAUGAUGGAGCACCUCAAGCUCUUCUGGUCUCGUGUCAACAUCCCCAAGGUGAUCCGAGCCUGCGAGGCUGCCCACCUGUGGCCCGAGCUUGUCUUCCUGUACUGCCACUACGACGAGUGGGACAACGCUGCUCUGGCCAUCAUGGAGCGAUCCACUGAUGCGUUUGAGCACUCCUCCUUCAAGGACAUUAUUGUCAAGGUGGCCAACCUGGAGAUCUACUACAAGGCCAUUAACUUCUACAUGAAGGAGGUUCCCAUGCUGGUUACUGACCUGCUGUCUGUGCUUGCUGCCCGAAUCGACGUGUCUCGAGUUGUGCGAAUGUUUGACAAGUCCGACAACUUGCCCAUGAUCAAGUCUUUCCUUGUGACUGUGCUUGAGCAGAACCUGGCUGCCGUCAACAACGCCUACCACAACAUUCUGAUUGAGGAGGAGGACUACGUGACUCUGCGAGAUGCCGCUGACGCCUACGACAAGUACGAUGCCAUCGAUCUCGCCCAGCGACUCGAGAAGCACGACCUUAUCUUCUUCCGACAGAUUGCUGCCCAUCUGUACAAGAAGAACAAAAAGUUUGCUAAGUCCAUCACUCUGUCCAAGCAGGACAAACUGUGGAAGGACGCUAUCGACACUGCUGCCGUGUCGGGCAAGCAGGACGUGUGUGAGGAGCUGCUGCGAUACUUUGUCGGUACCGGCAACAAGGAGUGCUACGUCGCAACUCUGUACACCUGUUACGACUGGCUGCGACAGGAUGUCGUGGAGGAGGUCGCCUGGAGACACAAGCUGGAGGACUACACCAUGCCCUACAAGAUCAACGUCACCCGGGAGAGCUCUUCUCUGCUGCAUGCGCUCCAGAAGGACAACGAGGAGCGAAAGGCCAAGGAGGCUGCCGCUGCUGCUGCCGAGAGCGAGACCCCCAUCAUUGGUGGAGGUCAGCGGCUCAUGAUCACCCAGAGCAACGGAAUGUACUAG